GGUGUUGAUUAAUUAAAUGCAAAAUAUAUUCAACUCACACAGGAGAAAGGAGUAGGUGAUGAUGAGACUAUAAGAAGUGAUGUUAUGCUGGGCUAGAGAGGAUAUAUCCAUCCAGUAGUGCCAGAAAAACAAAACAAGAGCUAGCCUUUGCAGCAAAAAGGGUUUCUCUUUUGGCUGGCUAUAGCUAUAGCUCCUUUAAUAUCUACUAGCUCUCUCUCUGUGUCUCUCUGUGUGUGUGUGUGUCUCUCUCUCUCUCUCUCUCUCUCUCUCUGUGUCGUAUCCCUUUGGUCAUCAUCAUCAUGGCUUCAUCAAACAGACACUGGCCUAGCAUGUUCAAGUCCAAGCCUGCAAACUGCAGCACCCACCACCAAUGGCAGCAUGACAUCAACCCUUCUCUCGUUUCAAAUGGAUGUCACCGACCAUCUUACUCCUCAGUCGCUGGGUGUGAAGAAAGAAGUCCGGAGCCAAAGCCUAGAUGGAACCCAAAACCAGAGCAAAUUCGCAUCCUCGAAGCCAUCUUCAACUCUGGGAUGGUGAACCCUCCGAGGGAUGAGAUUAGGAAGAUCAGGGCUCAGCUGCAAGAGUAUGGCCAAGUUGGGGACGCCAACGUUUUCUACUGGUUCCAGAACAGGAAAUCAAGAAGCAAGCACAAGCUUCGCCACCUCCACAACUCAUCCAAACAACAAACCCAUCACCACACCCACCUUCCUCUCACCACACCCGUCUCCACAAGCACUCUCAACAUCAUCAAUGCUGCUGCCCCUUCUUCCUCCUCAUCCUCCUCUGAAAAAUCAUCUCCCAAAUCAGCACCAAACAACAAGGCCUUCUCCAUGGGGUUCUCCUCCAACGUUGCUGCUCAUGACGUUUCAAUUAACUCUCCAACUGCUUCUGUGAACCAGCAGAGCAGCUUCUUUCAGCCUCAUCAUCAGCAUCACAGCGAGCUCCUGCCCGAACCCUUCUUUUUUCCGAUGCAUCCGAAUCCGAAUUGCAAUUUCACGCAAGGGUUUUGCUUCUCUGAGCUGUCUAAUGUGGUUGAUGUUCCCAACCAUGGAACUCAUGAGCAAACUAAUACCAACACUGGGCCUUGCACAAGCCUGUUGCUGAGUGAGAUCAUGAGCCAUGGGGCAGCAAUGUCAAGGAAAGAAUACCAUCAAGAAGAUGAGAUGAAGGACAUGAACAUGAAGAACAUAGACCCACACCACCUCAAUUACAGUCUCAAUGUCACCACCACAUCUCCAACAAGCCAUACUAAUAUGGUUGCUUCUCACACCAAUGGCCCCACUACUAGUGUUGCUGUUCCAUCCCCCAUGAUUCACAACAUUCAAGGUGGUGUUGGGGAAGCGGGUGCAAUGGACGCGGGAGGUGCGGAGAAAUCAACGGUGUUCAUAAACGACGUCGCAUUCGAGGUGGGUGCGGGUCCCUUCAACGUGCGUGAGGCUUUCGGGGAUGACGCCGUCCUCAUUCACUCCUCUGGUCACCCCGUUCUCACCAAUGAGUGGGGUCUCACCCUCCACUCUCUCCACCACGGCGCUUUCUAUUACCUCAUUUAGAAGAGUGGAAGCAAGCAAGCAAGCUAGAAGAGACGGGCUCUGGUUCUGCGUUGCCUUUUCUCCAUAUAUGUCUUCUCUAAUUAGCACUCGCUAGGGUUUACUGUAUUAGCUAGGGCUUCCAUAGGUUCAUUAGUGGGUGUCUAGAGUAAUUUCAAAGUUUUUGUGGACCUACGUAUGUA